UUUUGUCAUUACCUAAACUUAGAAAAAAUUCUCUUUCAUCAUUUCCACAUGUUAUUGAAAAAUUUUUUAAACAAAUACUUUUAAUUAAUUUUUAUAAUUAUGUUAACGAGGAGAGGAUUUAAUUAUUUGCAAAGAUGUUCCCGAUCAAUAUUGGGGAUAAAAAAUUCAAAGAAUAAGAUAUGCGGCUUUAAAAAAUUAUCAGUUCAUUACAGUCAAGAUAAUCCUCAGGUUAAAAGUCAAAAUAAAGAAUUAUUUCCAGUUAACAAGUAUGUUCAGAGAACACACACCUGCGGUGAGCUGGGAAUUGAAGAUGUUGGAGAAACUGUCAGUCUGUGUGGAUGGAUGGAGUACCAGAGAAUGGGGAAGUUUAUUACGUUAAGAGAUUCUUAUGGAACUAUUCAGUUAAUGAUUCCUGAUGAUAAACAAUCUUUAAUCAAAGCUGUGGAACAGUCGAGCUUUGAGAGUGUUUUAUCGGUGACAGGGAAAGUUAUCCUGAGGCCGCCAGAACAAGAAAAUCGUAAAAUGAAAACUGGUAGCAUAGAGAUUCUUGUAGAAGCACUAGAAAUAGUAAAUAAUGCCGCAUCACAGCUACCUUUUUAUAUUAGAGAGCACAAUGUCCCUAAAGAAAUGCUGCAGAUGCAAUACAGAUACUUAGCGCUAAGAUUUCCGUCAAUGCAAAAUAAUUUACGACUACGAUCUCAGUUUAUGCACAAAUUACGAGGGUAUUUGAUCGAUGACUGCGGGUUUGUCGACGUAGAAACUCCUACUCUUUUCAGGCGUACUCCUGGUGGUGCUCAAGAAUUUGUGGUACCGACUAGACAGCCAGGAGAAUUCUACUCACUUGUUCAAAGUCCACAGCAGUUUAAGCAGUUGCUGAUGGUCGGUGGAAUUGAUAGGUACUUCCAAAUAGCUAGAUGUUACAGAGAUGAAGGUGCUAGAUCCGACCGACAACCAGAAUUCACACAACUGGAUAUAGAAAUAUCGUUUACUGACCGUGAAGGUAUUAUUAGUUUAAUAGAAGAUCUUCUGUGUCAUUGCUGGCCUAAAGAGUCUGCUGCAUUGACAGCUCCAUUCAGACAUUUCACUUAUGAACAAGUGAUGGAGCUUUUUGGGACGGAUCAACCGGAUUUAAGACUUCCAUACCGUAUUUUAAAUCUACAGCAGUCGGAUUCUCGGGGUGAUAAUGAAAUUUACGCCUUACCGAUACCGAUGGGAGCUGAAUUUCUGACAAAUGCAGUGAAAGCUCAGUUUAAUGAUAUCAGAGAUAAGAAUUUUAAAGGUGUUAAGUUGAUGCAAAUUAAAAUACAAGAUAAUUCAUGGCCGGAGAAGGUCGAGAAAUUUGGCGUUGAUAUUUCUGGUAUGAAUCAGAAAUUGAGUGUCAAUAAAACUGACGCUCUAUUUUUAGCCUCUGGAAACAAAAAUAAUGUUAGAAAACUUCUCGGUAAAAUUCUUGUGGAGUUUGCCAAUAUAAUAGAAUCUAAAGGACGUCAAGUAAGGACUCAAGGGUAUGAAUUCUUGUGGAUUGUCGAUUUUCCAUUGUUUGAAAUAAACGACGACGGAAGUAUUGCUUCAACUCAUCAUCCAUUUACUGCGCCGCAUUCUGAUGACAUUCAGUAUCUUGAGACUGACCCUUUUAAAGUACGAGGGCUGCAUUAUGAUCUAGUAUUAAAUGGCUCUGAAAUCGCUGGCGGUUCUAUAAGAAUUCACAAUGCAAAGCUGCAAGAAAAAAUACUGAAAAUGCUGAACAUUAGUACUUCGCAAAUGAAACACUUGUUGCAAGCACUAGCAAGUGGAGCUCCUCCUCACGGUGGAAUUGCAUUUGGAAUGGAUCGUCUGAUAUCAAUUAUAUGUAAAUCACCCAGCAUAAGGAAUGUAAUAGCCUUUCCCAAGACCAUGGAAGGUCGAGACCUUAUGUCUGGAGCGCCGACUGAGAUAUCCGAGGACGAAAAAAAAUUAUAUCACUUAUCAAUACUAAGUAAUGAAAAUGAAAAAAAUUGUUGACUUGUAAUUAAGGUGUAAAAAACGGUUUGUAUUUUAUUCAAUCAAAUGGCUUGGUGAUUUAAUUACAGAAAAAGGUAUAAUUACAGUAUUGUUAUAUUUCAAGACUUUAUAUCAUCAUUAUUUAUUAUUUUUUUCUUUCCAUAGUUCAUAAAUCACUGAGUGAUAUAUAAUUACUAGAUUAUAUAUAAACUAAACAUAUACUUGGCUCACAAAAUUUUUUACAAUAAAUUACGUUUAAUAAAAUUAUCAAUUCCUAAAUAAUUAUUUGAAUUUUACACUGACAGUUCAUUUAAAUUUCAUUUAGUUACGAAAACAUGCGAUAAAAAAAGAUCUAGAAAUAAAUUGUGAUUAUUUAAUUUUUGCUAAUAUAUAUAAUUGAAUUUAAUUAAUGUAUUUUUACUAUUACAAAUUUAAAGCCAGUCAAAUCGUCUUUAUUGAUCGGCGAUAAAAUAAUACGGUGAGACUCAUUUACAUUUUAUUUUAUUGUAUUUACUUCAUUUUAAUAUCUUGAACAAGUUUAAUUGAAGCGUGGGUGCUUAUAAAUGUUACUCUUAUCAUCUAUUUAUAUUUAUUAUUUUAAUAUAAAAACUCCAUCGUCCGGAAGUAUAAAAAAAUGAGGAAAUGUUUUACUAUAUUUAACAAUAAAUAAAAAAAAAAAAAACAAAAACAAAAAAAAGAAAGAAAG